ACUACUAUAAUAGUUUGAACACACAAUAUUUGGAUAUCCAUGGGACGUGAACUCAGAUAGGAGCAUCUAAAGUGUGUUUUAUAAAUUCUAACACUAAUUAUUUAUAUAGACAUAUUUCCUAUGUAUGUACAUAUGUACAUACUACAUAUUCCUAGAUUGCUACAAGUAAGAAUUAAUUAUCAACAUAUCGAGUCAUUUGGGUGUCCACCUUAUGUAUAAGAAGUGCGCAGACGUAGUAUUCGUUUCAAAUCGCUGAUACACCGUCCAAUAGAGUUCUUCGUAUUGCGGAACGUGAUCUGUGAAUAUCGUAUCAUCAUAUUACCGUUUCUAACGUAUUUGUGUCUCCAACGUAGAUUUCAACGACGACGGUACACAGUAUUAGUGAACGUGUUCUGAGCAUAGCAUGUCCACAAUGAAUCCCGAGUAUGAUUAUUUGUUUAAAUUGCUCUUAAUUGGAGAUUCUGGAGUUGGAAAGUCUUGUUUGUUACUCCGCUUUGCUGAUGACACAUAUACAGAAAGUUAUAUCAGUACUAUUGGUGUAGACUUCAAGAUAAGAACGAUUGAUCUAGAUGGAAAAACAAUAAAAUUGCAAAUUUGGGACACAGCGGGUCAAGAACGAUUCAGAACAAUUACAAGCUCUUACUACAGAGGAGCACAUGGUAUUAUUGUUGUUUAUGACUGCACAGAUCAGGAAACUUUUAAUAAUGUUAAACAAUGGUUGGAAGAAAUUGACCGUUACGCUUGUGACAAUGUCAAUAAGCUACUAGUUGGCAAUAAAUGUGAUCUUCAUACUAAAAAAGUAGUUGACUAUACAACAGCGAAGGAAUAUGCAGAUCAACUUGGUAUUCCAUUCUUGGAAACAUCAGCAAAAAAUGCAAUGAAUGUGGAACAGGCUUUUAUGACAAUGGCUGCAGAAAUAAAACUCAGAGUGGGUCCUCCAUCUAGUAGUAGCAAUGAUCCAGCAAAUAAAGUGAAAAUAGAACAUGGACGUCCAAUCGAGCAUCCUAAGUCUGGGUGCUGUUGAGAAAUGUAAUUCUACAUCUGUGUAACCAAAUAAAUCUUUUAAUUAUAGAAGGACAUCUUAUGGUAGCAGUUUUGUACUGCUUGAAAAAAGAAUAUUACCAGAAGAAAUGUGAAAGAUAAUGGAAGUUUCAGUUUAUAUUAAUAAAAAGGAAAGAGGUGUGAAGCAUUAUCAAUUAUGGACCACUAACUCUAUUGUAGAGUUGAAUAAAAAUAACUUUUGUUCUAUCUUUUUUUUGAUAAGAGAAGAACAUGAUCACUCGCUAACAUACCUAGUGCAAAAAAUCAACCAUAGGAAAAUUCGUCGAAUUAGCAGGAAUGGUCAUUGAUUUUAUGCAAUGAUACGUUUAAAGGCAAUUCGAGUUUAUAAAAGUAAAUUAAAUAAUAUUGUGUAUCGUGGUUAUAAAGAUAAGCACUUUUUAUUUUUUAGCGUAAUUAUAACAUGUAUAAUUGAAUAUUUCUUUGUCUAGCAGAAGGAA